GAAUUACUAUUGCAUACCAUGAAAGUAUAUAUCUAUGUAUAUAUAUAUAUGCAAUAAUAUCGAUAAUAUUAAUUUUUAUCAGUAAUAAUUGGUAGCCCUUCACGCAUAAAAUAUAUAUUUUUUUUUUUCACUUGCGUUCUCAAUAACGAAUACCGGCAGAUAUCCUCGCACUAUCAUAUACAUAUAAUGUUACAAUAUGUAUAUUACACCAGUUUUCAAUGAUCACUUUUUAAUUAUUACCUUACCCCAUGACAUACGAACACGUAUUAAUUAUAGCGCAGAAGCUAUGUAAGCUAUUAUUUCGUGCAAUUUGUGGAUAAAGGGAUGUAAAUUUUUAGCACUCGCAUGUCAGCGCUCGUCAAAACACGUUUAGGUAGGUAUUAAGAAUAUUUUUAAUAUCAUUUUUGGAAUAGGGAGAAUAAAAGUUUUUCUCGAAAAAGUGUCGAAGAGAUCGAGGAACAUCAGCCCUGAUGGGUUGUACCAAAAAAACAACAUGAAUAAAUAAAAAACAGGACCUGAUGGGGUCCUCCUUUCCGUUCAGAUUUCUCCGUGAAAAUUUCGCACUUAAAGUAGCACCAAGUUAUUAUAUAAGUUUAAAGUGAAUUUUCGCAAUGAUCUAGACAGGCAACGAACGACAUAUUUAAUUCGUUGAGGAAGAGAAAAUAAAAAUUUCGCAUCCAUUUUUGUUCCAAAUAAAUUUUUUUUUUCAUAGGGCAGCCGAAAAUAUCAUUGCGGGUAUCGACCAAUUAUUUUUUGAAAGCAAAGAGAAAUCCAUAUUCAGAAUCCGAUAACUUCGUUGUUUCGGGGUAGUGUCCCCGUGUCGCUCGAAAUUGAAGUAUGUAUAUAUUUUCAUUAUGAUCUGAUACGCGAGGUUUUAUUUGUACGUAUUUAAUGUUUCGUAACAUCAACAAAUCAAGGCAACCCAACAUUAUUCAUCGAACACAAAAAAAACAAAAUAAGGAAUAAAUAAAAUAAUAGCAAAGCUCGGUUAUUAUUUGGCAAAUAUUGUGAAAUUGUUUAUUCUUUCCCGAACAAACCUAGCGGGCCCUUUUUAUUAGGUACGUUGUUCAGUUUGGUGGAAUCCGUUAGGCGAUUUUUAUUGAAUGUAACUGGAAAGAAAAAAUACUAAUAUACAUCGAAGACGACCAGAAAGGUCGUAAUUUUGUGAUAACUUUUACCUCGACAGAUAAUAGAAACGACAAUACGACGUAUUAUACGAUCUAUUUCUAUUAGCUGGUUACUUAAUGCGCUUCGAAUAGCACUUCUCUGUUUUUUUCAUUCGGUAAAACCGUAUCGAUUGUCUCGCUAACAAUUGCCCCACAUCUUAUGCAGUUGAUACGUUGUUCCUAAUAUUUUAUUGAUACGCUUCUCUACAUUUGCGGCUCCAAUUAUCGAUCGAAAGAGACCGUCUCAUACCGCAUAAUAUUGACCUACUGAUUUUACGUCCAUCUCAAAAAUUUAUUAUGCAUUUUGUGUUAUUUUUUAUUUGAUCGACAAACUUACUUAGCGGUUACGUUAUGAAUAAGUCUGGAUGGGAUGAGGACGUUAAUAAUGAUACGGAAGAAGAAUCGGUCAGUUCGUCACCGGCACUGACAAUGAAUUUAUUUUUCCUCAGAAUAAUGUCAACGAUGUAUUUUGCGGUUCAAAUGACCUUGGGCAUUUCGAUAGCAUCCGGUAUCAUCGCCCCUCGUGACCUCGAUGAUAUGUUGAACCUUUUGGCUGAAUCUUAUUUCAACGAAAGUUGCAUCUCGAUCAUUUCUGACGAUGAUUACAGAGCGUCCAUUCGGACCCCUGUCGUCUACGUGGUUCCUUUCAACGGCGACGAAUUCGGGAGAAUUAUCCGAAAUUCGAGCGUUGACAAUGACGAAGAAAUUUAUAAACGCAGUAUUCUGGCUCCGGUUCUCGAGUUGGGGUGUUCCGGGUGCGUGUUGAAUGAGAAAAAGAGAAAAAAAAAACCGAAAUUUUACUUGGUUCCGUACUUCAGGGUUAUCAUCCAGGUGGAAAAUCCAGCCGAACAACUUCGACUUAUCGAUAAAACGUUCGUACACAUCAACCGGAGGAUCCAAAGAAAGUUCAUAUUCGUCCCCACUGUCUCCAGAGUCGGUGAAAACCGCAUCGGAAUUCAGAGCCACAUUUUGAACACGAAGAAUUUUAACUUCCGAUCGAUAUUAAAGGAAAAAUCUAUUCAGUUCAUCCCGGACGUGAUUUUUAUUAUUCCAAACCACGAACUACACAGUCUGGAUAUUUUCACUCAUCGAUUUUCAGGCCCCGAUCACGAUAGUCGGCAAGAAGUUCUUUUGAACACCUACAACAUUACCGAGAAAAAGUUCGACCUCGAAUCUGACCUGUUUCCCGACAAGGUGAAAGAUCUCGGAGGAAAGAUUCUGAAGAUUGCUACCUUCAACUACCCUCCUUACGCCGUUGUUUAUGAAAAAAAUGACACCGGUAUCCCGACCAAAAAUUACGGUGGUACGGAAUGGCAUUUUGUCGUAGAAUUUGCGAGGCUUCAUAAUUGUUCAUUGGAAGGUGUCGACACGAGCGAUGGUCUUUGGGGAACCAUUGAGGACAACUUUACGGGAGAUGGAGUGAUCGGUAACGUCUUAAUGGACGAAGCGGACAUAGGAUUAGGUGCCUUGUACACUUGGUACCACGAGUACCAUUAUCUCGACUUAACGGCGUCGACGUAUCGCUCGGGGAUAACUUGUUUGGUCCCCAGACCUGAUCAACUUCCCGAAUGGAUGUCACCGGUACGACCGUUCGCUCCAACUUCGUGGGCUUGCUUCGCGGUGAUGACUCUGGUGUCCGUAAUUUUUGUGGGACUGGUGAAUCGGGCGGAGUGGCACAUUCGACUUGAAAAAAGUGAAACGAUCGUAAAAGACGAGGAAGAGGUAAAACCAAAAAAAAAAAUGAUAAUGACCUUCUCGGACGUAUUUAUGACCGUCGCGGGUAUAUCGUUGCUCCAAGGAUUGAACAAAGAUCCAAAAGGUUCGUCUUUGGCUGCUCUUUUCAUAAUACUUCUGGUCGUUGCACUUCUCAUUGCUACAGCCUACGGGAGCAGUCUGGCGUCCGCGAUAACCGUUCCCAGGUUUGAAAAGCCAAUAGAUUCUGCCUGGGAUCUAGCGUUGAGCGGUAUUCCUUGGGCAGCUCCGCACGACGCGUGGAUAUUUUCGAUCCUCGAGGCAGACGAUCCGGAAAUGCGCAUCCUGGUUGAAAACUUUAAAACUCUGAGUCCCGAAAAGCUCCUGUGGAACUCGAUGCACUCGCCGUCGAACUGGGCAUUCUCUAUCGAAAGACUGCAAGGAGGACAUUACAGUAUCCAGGAUUAUCUGAGCAGUGGCGCCGUAGGAAAAAUGCAUCUGAUGCGGACUGACAUUUAUUGGGAAUAUUGCGUGGCCAUGCUUAGAAAAAAUUCCCCGUUCACCGAAUGGUUGAGUAAAAGGAUACUGGAAAUUCAGGCUUCUGGUAUUCCGCAAUAUUGGGAAACUGACGUCGUACUCAAGUACCUUGAUACUCGAACGCAAUUGGCCGUUUCCGGAGGGAAUCACGGAAAUUCCGGUCCAGUCAGAAUGUCAGCCAAUCAGGUGCAGGGGACUUUUUUCAUUCUACUAAUCGGCUUACUCCUGAGCUUCCUUGUCUUCUUGUACGAAAUAUUCACCGGCAAACCAAAAAUACUAUACGCUGAAAAGAAUUUUAGUGGAGGCAAAUCCAUUUCAUUGCGAAGAACAAAAUGAAAUAUCAUCGGAUUACUAUAAUUAUUCAUUUC